UCUAAUUUGUGAGAAAUCAGUUGCGGGGAACACUUCGACAUGAAAUAAGACAUAGCAUUACCGUCAAAAAAUGUGUUAAAUUUCACAAUUUAUAAGUCGGCUUUAUCACUUACAAACUGAAAGUGUUAUCGAUUCACGGACAUUUUUCGGGCAGUAACGAGGAUUUCUUAAAAAUUAUUCGUUGAAUUCGACUUGUUGUGGGGCCAAACAACACGGCGGCAAGUGGAAUUGAUGAUAUGGAAAAUUCAGGAAGAUCAAAAACUGCAUUGUUAAUUGGCAUAGCCAAUUUACUCGUUGGCAUCAUAGCGGUGGUAGGCAAUUUCCUUCUGUGUGUGACAAUUUACAAAGACCCUUAUCGACGUUUGAGAAACACAGCCAGUUAUUUGGUGGUGAAUCUGGCAGUUGCUGACCUUCUAACCGGUCUGAUAACAGAGCCUUUGUACGCAGCCUUCGAAAUAAGCAACUUCAUGGGAACAGAGUUACGAAUUUUGUACGUUGUCGGAGAAACAACCGCGUACGUGUUCGUAAACACUUCCAUUUUGUCCAUCCUUUCCUUAGCUUUGGAUAGGUUCAUUGCCGUGAAAUAUCCCUUGUCGCAUGGGCAAAAAAUGGACCGCCACCGAAUCGUUACCAUUAUAGUCUUGUCGUGGACUUACUCGCUGCUAUUCAGCAUGCUUCGCUUCAUGGGUGUCACGCAAGAUAUCUUUUACUGGUUUGAUUUGCACAUUAACUAUACCUUGUUUGGAGGAAUUCUAAUCGGGCUGUACGUGUCCAUUUAUUGCACGAUCAAAUAUCAGCUCGCACAAUCAUUACGCACACAAGGGUACAACAGCGAGACAAGGAGACAACCAGUUCAUAACGAGAUCGAAGCUAAGAUGAAGGCAGAGCGGAAAAUGACAAAAACCGUGUUCUUUCUCGUGUUAGCGGCCAUUAUUUGUAUGCUGCCGUUGUAUAUCAUGCUUCAUGUCGAACUGCUAUGUGAGUCCUGCAUGGAAAAACCGGCGAUAAAAACCAUUAGCAAGCUCUCAGAACCUAUCCUGUUUUUAAACUCAGGACUUAACCCUUUUCUUUACGCAUGGACAAUUCCAAAGUACCGCCAAGCAUUGCAAAAAACGCUUCGUACUUGGUGUCUGUGCCCAAGAAAAAGAAAUAAUCACAGAAAAACGACCUCAGGCCCGUUCAGGUCUGCAUUUGCUAUUCAAAAUCAAGGAAUGGUUGACGGAAUAAAAUCGCCUUCAAAUUCGAAGGACUCGAACCCGAUUCAGUUGAUGGAGAUAAAUAUCAGGGAGAAUAACAGUUUAUAACAUCUUAGGGUAAUACUGAACAGAGAAUAUCUUCUAUCUUAUAAGCCAAACCGUGCGAACUUGUACUCUCAUCACUGACAAACGGUAACCAAAGUAGUUCAGCUCCUAUCAUAUUAAGUGCUAUAUUUGUGAAACUCAGUACCUGCUGAUAGUUUCACUACAUAGAGAAUGAAUGAUAAUCCAAGACGUUCAUUGUAUCGAAAUUCAGACAACAAUUGACAAAACUAAGAGUUAUAUUUCAGUAAGAUCUGUACCAUCAUCAGACUAGAAUUUGCAUACAA